CGCCCAUGGUAGCGUUCACGUCCGUUUGUGUCUCAGUUGGCUUCGUCGUAGUAGAAACUGCUAGAAACUUUAAAUAAAAGUGUCAAAUUAGAGUGUUUUUAUCGACCCAACGCCGUUUUACAGUCGAGUUUUAAUUGUAGAUUAAUUAUGGCGGGUUAGUUUUCCUUAUUCUUUUUAGUUUUUAAGCUAAAACAAAAUCAGUUCCGCUGAGGAUGAAGUGACACCAGAGAAGACAUUUCUCCCAACUGUUUACGGUGAAGUAAAGUCUUAUUUUUUUUUAGCUACCCCUGUUUGGUAAGACACAAACUAAUUAAAAACACUUGUUAAUUAAAGUAUUUAGGGUUUAAUAAAGCGGGUGCCAACGGUUGAAACGAUAGUGAACGGUUCAAACCGCCGAGUAAUGUGUCAGUUGGUGCUGAGUUCAAGGUCCAGCUUAGAGUGACGGAAAAUAAACACACGUCAUAUCAAACUCAAAAUGUCAGCUGACAGUGCCACCAAAACCUUAAACUUCAACGUCGGGGUGCUCGGGCAUGUCGACAGCGGGAAGACAUCGCUCGCCAGGGCGCUGAGCAGCACCGCCUCCACGGCUGCCUUCGACAAGAACCCGCAGUCCCGUGAGAGGGGCAUCACGCUGGAUCUCGGCUUCUCCUCCUUCACGGUGGAUCUCCCCGAUCACCUGCGGGACGACAGCGGAGGCCAGAAGCAAUAUGAGAGGCUGCAGUUCACCCUGGUGGACUGCCCGGGACACGCCUCUCUUAUUCGGACAAUCAUUGGGGGUGCCCAAAUUAUUGAUCUGAUGAUGCUGGUGGUGGAUGUGGUGAAAGGGGUGCAAACUCAGACUGCAGAGUGCCUGCUGAUAGGAGAGCUGACCUGCCCUCGCAUGGUGGUUGUCCUGAACAAAACUGACCUACUGCCACCCAACAAGAGACAGAGUGCCAUUGAGAAAAUGACCAAGAGACUUCACAAAACACUGGAGAACACUAGAUUUAAGGAAUGUCCAGUGAUUGCUGUGGCAGCGAAGCCUGGGGGCCCGGAGGCUCCUGACACAGAGGAGCCACAUGGAGUGCCAGAGUUAAUAGAGCUUUUGAAGAAACAGACGUACCUCCCUCAGAGAGACCCCGGAGGUGACCUUCUGAUGGCUGUGGACCAUUGCUUCUCUAUCCGUGGUCAGGGAACAGUCAUGACUGGAACCAUCCUGCAGGGAUCGUUGGCCGUCAAUGACACUGUGGAAAUCCCAGCACUAAAGGUGACCAAGAAGAUAAAGUCUGUGCAGAUGUUUCGGAAGCCGGUGUCUGGGGCCAUGCAGGGGGAUCGUGUGGGUGUGUGUGUGACACAGUUCGACCCUAAACUCUUAGAGCGGGGUGUGGUAUGCACCCCGGGUUCCCUGCGCACACUCUAUGCUGCCGUCAUCUCUGUGAGGAAGAUAGGCUACUUCAAGGGCUCCCUCGCCACCCGUGCCAAGUUCCACAUCACCGUGGGUCACGAGACGGUCAUGGCGAGGGUGGCCUUCUUUGGCCUGCCACCUGUGGGUGCUUCAGACACUAAACCACCUCCAUCAGAGCCCUGCUCACUGGAAACACCCUUCACCUUUGACAGAGAGUACUUCUACCAGGAUGAAUAUGUCACAGGUCAGGGAGAAGCGAGUUCAGCACCUGACCCAGAGCAAUGGGCCUUGUUGGAGUUUGAGCGGCCGGUCACAUGUCCCUCCCUCUGUCUGGUGAUCGGUUCAAAACUGGACACAGACAUCCACGCCAAUGCCUGUCGGUUGGCCUUCCAAGGCUACCUGCUGCAGGGGUUUGAAGACAAAGGCUACGCUGAGACGGCGCUGCCUCGUCUGCGCAUCUACAAGACCAAACACAAGGAGGGACAGGUCGAAAGGGUGACCGACGAUUACACCGUGAUUGGCCGCAACCUGUUCAAGAAAGAGACCAACCUCCAGCUCUUUGUGGGGUUAAAGGUCAAGCUGUCGACAGGCGAGACCGGCGUUAUCGAGGGUGGUUUCGGACAGAGCGGGAAGUUCAAGAUUCGGAUACAAGAGGGUCUUUGCCCAGAAACCAAGCAGAUGUUAUCCUCCACCUCUAAGAAGAAAGGGAAGGGUGGAAGCAAAGGUGGACCAGCUAAUGAAGAGGAGCCCAAGACAGAUUCUCAACCUAUUAUCAUUCACUUGCAUUUCAAGCGGUAUGUCUUUGACCCCCAUAAAAAGAUGGUUCAGUCUUGACCGUCUCAGUCCGACAGUGUGUGUCACAUGGCUUUAGACGGUCAGAGGUCAGUUUCUUGUAGAGUUGAGAGAAAUACUGGCCUCAGUAUCAGGCGGUAUGAUAACUUUAUUCUAUCAUCCCCCUUCUGGGGAUGCUGAAACGCAGUGUUUGUGAAACACAUGUGAAACAGUGAUUGCUUUAUCUCCUCUUAUGGAGAUGGACUUAAUCCAGUGUGCAUCAUCAAAGGGGUGGAUGCAGCUCUUCUCUUCCUGACGCAUUUGAGCCGUCUUAAAUAAAAAAAAAUCAAUACA